AUGCUGCAGGUGGAGGCACGGGCGGCGGUGCUGUCCGCCGCGGAGGGCCACGCGGCGCCACGCGCCGUGCCGCUGCACGACGCGCUCGGGCUCGUCCUCCGCGCCCCCGAUCCGCUCCCUCCUUUCCGCGCCUCCAUCAAGGAUGGAUACGCCAUCGUGGCCUCCGACGGGCCAGGGGAGUACCCGGUGGUCACGGAGUCGAGGGCAGGCGACGACGCCCUCGGCGUGAUCGUCGCUCCUGGCAUGGUCGCCUACGUCACCACCGGAGGGCCGGUUCCCGAUGGCGCGUACACCGUCGUGCUGGUGGAGGACACCAAGCAGGUCUCUGACGGAUCGGAUGGGUUCAGGAGGAUGAGGAUUCUGGCGCGGGCCGCCGAUGGGCUGAACAUUCGCAAUGUGGUAUUCCAAGUUUUGCUCACUGCACGGGUGCAUGUAUGCCUAUCACAUCCUUUAAAAGCAAACCCACAUCCUACAGAGUUUCAACGUGCAAUAAUUAGAUGGAUGCUUGAUGAUGGAUCUGGUCGACCUGGUUUUGUUGCUGAGAGCACUGGCCAUCAGGCUAGUAGCCGCCUCCUUAGUAUGAAAUCUGUUAAUGCUAUGCUGGAAGUACCCUCCACUGGACAAAUAUUGGCAGCUGGGACAUCUAUUGAAGCCAUACUUAUUUCAGACAUAAUAUCUUCUUUAGAUAAGCUGCCUGCUCCCUCAAAUCCGCACCCAUCUCGUUUUGGAUCUUCUGCAGAAAGUAUCUUCACAGAUGUAUCUCAGAUUGCAUCUCCACAGGAUGCUGAAGUUAAAGUUGCAAUUCUGACUUUAAGUGACACUGUUUCAUCAGGCGCUGGCCCUGAUAGGAGUGGUCCAAGAGCUGUAUCUGUAGUGAAUUCUUCAUCAGAGAAACUGGGCGGUGCAACUGUGGUUGCCCCUGCAGUUGUUCUUGAUGAAGUGGACAAGAUCAAGGAUAUUUUGAUACAAUGGAGCGAUAUUGACCAUGUUAACCUUAUUCUGACUUUAGGUGGGAUUGGCUUCACACCAAGGGACAUCACACCAGAAGCAACAAAAACUGUGAUACAUGAAGAAGCGCAGCUCACAUUUGUUAUGCAUCAAGAAAGUUUGAAGAUUACACCAUUUGCUAUGCUAUCCCGGGCCACGGCUGGAAUCAGAGGAUCGACUCUUAUCAUCAACAUGCCUGGCAACCCAAAUGCUGUGGCGGAGUGCCUGGAAGCACUCCUUCCGGCGCUCAAACACGCCCUGAAGCAGAUCAAGGGUGACAAGAGGGAGAAGCACCCUCGCCACACUCCACAUGCCGCAGUGGCGCCUGUGGACCAGUGGGAGCGGAGCUUCCGAGCCGCAUCAAUUGGUAGUUGUCGUGGGCGCUGGUGUGAUCUAGUACUAACUUCAACAGCUUAUUCAUCCUUAUAUCUAUAUUCAGACUUCACUCUAUAAACAGUAUAAAACAGUGCAAAAAUAAUGUUUUAGGUAAACUAUAGAUAAAUUGCUGAACACGGUUUAAAAGUCACUAAUCAACUGAGAUACCCAACAAGAUGGAACCAAAUACGAGACUGUAGCAGCUGUGCCCUCCGUUUUCCAUUGCAUGCCUGCAUCCAUUUCGAUGUUGAAGUUUUCAUCCUGUUAUUUGGUAUGUUAUAUGAAGAUGCUGGAAUCCAGCUUGAUA